GUAGAGACGGCGGAGCCGAUUUUCGAGCUUGCGACAGAAUGUGAAACUCUUUUCUCGGAACACAUCUUAAGGCUGAAGAAUGAAUCAGACUUCAAUGGCGCGAAAGUCGUUGGAGAGUAUCAGCAACGGUUCUCAGCUUGGGCGGCAUUUUUAGGCGUCUUUGCCAUGCCAGAUAUGUGCCUCGACCGCAGACUCCGCAGCCAUGUCGAAGUCCAGGAUCUGGCUCUUCGCUUGUUGGAUAUUAUGAAAAGAAAUCUGGUUCAUCGUGCGUCCCCUAUCCAAAGUCUAAGAGGAAUUGAAGGAGCGGUUGACCGCCUCAACCAUCUCGGGAGGACCAUACAGCGAUCGUCUGAAGCAGGACAGGCAACAAAGGUUGACAAAUUCACGACGACCUUUGAUUCCACUUCUUUUGAAGAGAUUGCGCGCUUAGCAGUCAAGUCAUUCUACCCCGAUGCCAGCGCAUCCCUUUUGAACCAACUUAUUCAAGCAAUGACCGACAUGUACGAAAAGUUUCAUUAUCGGCGAUCGAGACAAGCGCGACUCCAAGCUCGACCUAAAGCAGCGCUAUUCACCAUUGGCGAAGAUCCGGCUUCCGACUCAACGGUAAAUACAGGGAGACCAUCCCUUCAGCCAACAGCCCCUCCUAUAUUAGAUGCCAAUAAACAAUUACCCCGCUUGAUCUCAAUGACGCAUCUAGAAGACAGGUCACAAAAGUCGAGAGAAUCCAAGCCAACGUCCUUGGAUAGCCGAGAGUUUAGUAGGCUGUUUCCGCGGCAUGGGGCCGGAUCUGUCGGUAGCAAGACAAGAUCUAUUCUUGUUAGUCAAGUUGCUUAUCCUCAACCAUCUGAAGAAAGCUUAGUAUGCGAAUGGUGCUUCGCAACUCUUUCAAAAGAUGAACUCAAAGGAGAAAAGUGGAAGAAACAUUUAAAUGAAGACUUCAAGCCCUUCAUUUGCAUAUCUGAGAAGUGUAAAGGGCAAUCAAACCGAUUUGCAACUUCAAGAGCAUGGUUUAGCCAUAUGCUCGAAACGCAUGGCCAAAAUUGGCAUCGAGAAAUACAUUUGCCGCUAUGGUGGAUUUGCCCACUAUGCAACAGCAAAGAAACGACAUUUUCUAGAGCACAAGAUCUCUCAGAACACAUAUCAAAGCUCCACGAUGAAACUUUUACAAAACCUCAAAUCCAAGUUAUUGUACACCAAAGUCAGCUCCGAUCCCCGCGGCCACAGGACAUGUGCCCCUUGUGCUGCCUUUCAAUGAGAGAUGAAGAUAGGCAAGAACGCACCUUCAAAGUCGCUCAACCAGACCUUUCAUCAAAAGAUCAAGUGCCUGAAGGAAAGACCACGGGAACUCAAUCUGCCCAAAAUUUAGAGCGAGUAAACAUUGAAGCCAUCGCAAGACACGUCGCUGCGCACCUUCAAGGGAUUAUGCUCUUCACACUACGUAUGAUGUCUCUAGACGUCCUAAAUGCAACCGCAGACGAAAAGUCUUUAUCUAGCAGUACUAAUCACGACUCAUCUCGCGCUGGCUCAGCGCAACAACGUUUUGAAGAAGAGACAGGCGCUAUCGUUGACAUGUUGGAAGAAGAGGCUGAUAGCAUGGAGGUUGAUGACCCUUUGAUAGGGGAUACUAUUCCUGACUGCGAACAUAUCGAUGAUUGGCAAGACGUAAUUAACGAGACACAGCAAUUUUCAGGGACGGAUAGCUUUCUACAAGAGGUU